AUGUCAACCCCAACCUGGAAGUCCAAAGCCCGAGUGCGCACCCGUACCGGCUGUUUCGAAUGUCGCAAACGCCGCAAGAAAUGUGAUGAACAAAGGCCAACGUGUCAAAGAUGCGCCAACCUCGGCUCCACCUGCACUUGGCCCACAGCUACCAGCCAGCCCAUGGAUGGCCGAAGGCGCGAGAGACGUCAAAUGAACGCCAAGAGUGUAGUUCUAACAUAUGAGGAUAAGGCUUUGUAUACACAUUUCGCGACAACUGUGAUGCCGCGGCUUGUGCGACCGAGUUGUCCGUCUGUGUACAGUGAUCAAUCACACAUCCUCCGACUGGCCCGGGAGUUCUCUCCGCUAAUGGCGAUUAUGAUUGCCAUUGCAGCGGUUGAUCUCGGUAACGAUACUCUUGCGAUGCAGCACUACCUGCACUCGCUGCGCAGUCUGCAGGGUUACAUAAUAGGUGCCCCCGGCACCGGGAAUGAAGAUGGUUUAUUAGCGACGACGAUAUGUCUCUGUGUCUUUGAAAACCUCCGACCGGACUUGCCCCCAAACAUCGGUCUGCAUGCGAAGGCUGCUGGCGUUCUUCUUUCGCGACGACGCCCGGAAGCGAGCACCCAAUCCCCGUCCCAGCCAGUAGUGGUGUUUCAGCGCACAUGUGUGGAAUCGUUCCUGUAUCACAGUACGCUCGUGAUGCUGUUUAACCCUUCACUCGAUGUGACAACAGGCGACAUACGUCACUAUUUGGCCUUUGCAACCAAUGAUUGGCAAACUGCUCCACAACCUCUCUUGGAUGAAUCCUAUGACUUCUUCAUCAUGAUUGCAAAUGUGACGCGACUCGCGCGAUUAUCCCGUGAUCUAAAUCAAGAAGAACACCAGAUGUGGACACGCCUUCAAAGCGACAUCCUGCAAUACGAGCGCACAGGCGAUAAUCAAAAUUCAAUCAGAAGGCUCUACUCACGGGCCGUUCGAAUUUUGCUACUCAAGAAAGAUCCUAUACGAAGUACUACACAAAUAAUAUCCGAAAUAGAAGCCCUCUUCUACGAAGGACUGAUCAUCUUGAAGACGAUAGACGUCGAAAAAUACCUACUCAGUUAUUCUCUAUGGCCUGUGGCUGUACUUGGUGCUGCUGCCAUAGGUGAAUUUGAGCGAUACACCAUAAACAACCGAAUUAGUCCAUUGGUCCGCAUGAGACGCGGGCAGGCAGUGCGAUUACAAGAGCGACUGAUGAAUGUCUGGGCCUCCCCACGGGGAAAUGGAGACAUGAUACUGCAGCAAUUACAGUUAUUAAUGGAACCCUCUUAA